CACCAACAGCAACAUGAAUGCUGUCCAAGGCUGCUGUCUGCUGUUUGGCCUUUUCCUUUUCCUUUGCUGUGGUCACAGUGAGGCACUGCAGUGUUACACCUGCAUGGGGUCAACAGAUGAGGACUGCAAUCGCCAGGGAUCCAAAGCAUGCCCACGUUACUCAGAUGCAUGUGCUAUUAUCAGAGGAGAUGGCAACGGUGUGCUAAAAACAUGCUCCUACAAAUCCUUCUGCAGUCAAACUAACAGCCAAGGUGACAGAGUUGCAGGGGUUAAGGUUCACUGCUGCUACUCAGACAACUGUAACGUGAUGGGACACGGCAACCGGCUCUGUGGAGGCUUUAGCUAUCUCUUAAUCCUUCUGCUACUGUUUUGGCAUUUAUUGUCAGAAUAGAAUUGCUGGCACAAGUUACAUGUGCUUCAUAAACUCAUUAGCCUUUGAGUGUAAGCAUUUCUGAUCAUGCCUAUUUAACUGAAUAAUAUCACACGAAUGGACUCCAUAUGCAAUGUUCUAAAACAACCCAGUCAUUUCUUCCAAAAGCAAAAAGACUUUAUUCACUUACAGGCUCUUAGUGCUGCGCAUCUAAUGCAUCAUCUAAAUAGCUCAUAGCCUUAGAUACUUAAAUGAAUUAAGUUUGAUGAGUGUUAAGUAAUUUAUGUUGUGGUAAUAAAUGCAACUGCAGAAUAUUAACUUUUUAUUACAUAUAUAUUAUAUGUGUAAGUACACAUGCACACACAUCAAGCUGUCGACUGUAAAAGCAACCAACUGAUUCACUAUCUCGAAAGGUAAAUACUGUAGCUCCCAGCAUCAUCCAUAUGCAUAGGAAAAAACUUAUAUUAUUCUAUGCAUUUGUUUGUGUAAUGUCAAUAAAGGCAGCCAUUAUCUUUCUUUUUUCCCCAGUGGAAUGCUUCAGUACAUUCAACAUUAAGAAGGAGUGUUCAGUAUUUAAAAA